GGUACUCGUGCGUUCGAACUCACUACCUCAACUUUGGUGAGUUGCUCUUCGCAGACGAGGAGGGUAAGGACGUGAAGUUCCAGACGAAGGAUGGUACAGCCAUGGCCCAUUCCGCGGUUUUACGAGCUGUAUCGAAGCCUUUUCGGCAGAUGCUCACCGGAGAGAUGUCCGAAGGUCGCACCAAGAUGGUAGAGCUGACAGAUGUGACACAGGCAGACCUGCUGUUUUUCUUGCGCUUGCUCUACACUGGUCAGGUCGAUGAAGCUGACUGGGAUGGCCUCAGUGGAACACCAAACUUCCAUGUCAUGGCUCCAAACGAUGCAGAGCCUGCAAGUGCAUCCUUGCUUGAUGGGAUAUACUUGGCUGCGGGAACCUUCAGAGGAGCGCCAAAGUUUCUGAACAGCAACCAGGUGCUUCUGUACCGUGGCAGUGAUGACGACCAAGACGGUCCAUGCUGGAAACUCUCCUGGAAAGAGGAUGGUGAUGAUGAUGAGGACAGCGAUGAGGCCAAUGAGCGGCUCUUGCUGGAACAGCUUUGGUCACAGGAAGAUGUGACGGAGGAUGUCCCGGACCACAAAAUCGGGUGGGACUUUAGCCAGAAGGGUGGGACGGCCUCUGCUCCACCUACUGGCUAUUGGACAUCUGAGAAAGGCGUAGGGAUUUGGGGAAGUCCUGGAAAGAAUCCGGUGGUUGUGUGGAAGCUGGACAACCCUCCACUAGCGCUGCUUCUUUCUGCCCUUCGCAUUGCGAAAAAGUACAUUGUGGAGUACAUGGUGCGAUGGCUGAUGGAGGCCACCACUGAGAGGCUAAAUGCUCAGACCUUUGAGCAGAUUCUGGCGACGGCCAUUAUGCUUGAUAUCUCACCUUUGCGAAUGCGUUGCUUGAGAUUUGCAGAGUCGUGCAGUGCAAUCCGGUCGAGGUAUGAAGACGGUACCUUCACAGAGCCGUUGGUGUCCUUGGAGCUUCAGGCCAUUUGGCCACAUCGUGAGACGAAACGGCGGCGGGUGUUCUGAACGUGAAUUUGGCCGACUCACACGCCGACUUUUCAA